AUGGGGUACUGUACCGGAUCCAUCCCAACCAUAACGUUACUACUGAUCACGUUUCUUCUUAGUCUAACACCUCUAUCCCAGUCUACUGAUGUCGCACCAAGCUCGAAAUCUUCUAUCGUUAAAUAUCUUCCUGGAUAUAAUGGUCAACUUCCUUUCACACUCGAAACCGGGUAUGUGGGAAUAGGGGAGAAGGAAGAAGCACAAUUUUUCUACUAUUUCGUUGAAUCAGAACGAAAUCCAGAAGAAGAUCCACUCCUUUUCUAUCUCACCGGUGGUCCGGGAUGUUCCGCUGUUAUUACAUUCUUCUAUCAAAUCGGUCCACUUAGUUUCAACUUUGACAAUGCUCCUCAAAAUAUCACAAUGACAGUGAAUCCAAACUCAUGGACAAAGUUUGCUAAUGUUAUAUUUGUGGACAUGCCUGCUGGCACUGGAUUCUCGUAUGCUACAACCACUGAAGCAUCAAUUAGUAGCGAUAGUAUAGUAGCAAAACAAGCUAAUGAAUUUCUUAGAAAGUUUCUUAUCGAGCAUCCGAAGUUCUUAAAAAAUCCACUAUACAUAUCUGCCAUAUCUUAUAUGGGAAUUGUAACGCCUAUCAUCACUUUAGAAGUAUACAAUGCAAAUGAACGCGGGGACCAGCCUCCAUUGAAUAUUCAAGGUUACAUUCUUUGCAGCCCACUUACUGAUAAGUUCAUGGACUUUAAUUCAAGAGUAGAAUAUGCGCAUCGCAUGGCCCUUAUAUCAGAUGAUAUUUAUAAGUCCGCAAUAGAUAGCUGUCAAGGUAAUUAUGUAAACAUCGAUGGGGCUAAUUCGGUAUGUGCAAAUAGCCUUCAAAGGUACCAAGAGUGCAUAAGUGGAUUGAACAUGGAAGAUAUUUUGGAGCCGCUGUGUAAUAAAUCUGACCUGAAACCAUAUUGUCGAGAGUACUAUUACGAUUUUGCAACCGACUGGGCAAAUAAUAAAAAUGUGCAAAAAGCUCUUAACAUUCGCGAGGGAACAAUUGGAACAUGGGAGUUCUUCAAUAGGACUAUGCAUUACAUGGAAGGGAAGAAUGACACUUUCUGCUAUGCUUAUGACAUUGAUAGUAGUUUUUCAUACCAUAAGAAACUUAUUAGCAAAAAUUGUCGCGCAUUGAUCUUUAGUGGUGAUCAUGAUAUGACAUUUCCAUAUGUCGGAAUUGAGGAAUGGAUAAACGCCCUUAAUCUCAAAGUUGACAGCUCGUGGAUGCCAUUCUACGUUGACUCUCAAGUCGGAGGAUACAAAAUGAGUUAUGCACAAAAAGAUUUCUCUUUGACAUUCGCUACAGUUAAAGGCGCUGGUCAUUCUGUAGCUCAAUACAAGCCCAAAGAAGCUAUGGUUCUAACAGAGAGGUGGCUAGCUACUAAAACAUAUUCAAGUGACAUGUAAUCCAUCAUGUGAUAAGUUUUCUGAUUCAUGUAGUCCAUGUUUUU